AUGGAGUACAACGUGACCGUGGCUACAGGAACCUUGAAGUACUCAGGUACUGUUAACUAUGUGUAUGUUACCCUGGUGGGAGAGAAUGGAGAGAGUGAAAGGAAGCUGCUGGACAAACAUGUCUGGGGUCUGUGUCAGGGAAAAGUUCAUGAAUAUAAAGUUUGGAGCUCUAUUCAUCUCGGUCGUGUGCUCCUUGUACGAUUGGAGAUGAAAAAAUGUGAGAUACUAAAUUUUGAAGAUGACUGGUUUUGCAGGUAUGUGAAAGUCACACAAUCAGAAGGAGAAAGAACACAAACAUUCCCUUGUUACCGCUGGUUAAGGGAAAAUGAUAAAGUAGAAAUCCGUGAUGGCACAGCUAAAAGGCUGUUUGAUGAGAUCCUGCCCCAAGAGCUGGCUCAUAGAAAUGCACAACUGCAGGAGAGAGAGAAAACUUUUAGAUGGCAAGUCUGGGCUCCAGGAAUUCCCAAAUGCGUAGACUUCAAAUCAGAAAAUGAUCUCCCCCCAGAUGUACGUGUCAACUUUGAGAAGGCAAAGGACUUUAAGGAUAUACUUGUGGAGCUAUCUCUAUUGAAGCUGGUCUCCUUAAAAAAUAUGUCGUGGAAUAACCUGGAAGCUUUUGACUACAUAUUUUGUGCACUGCCUAAGAGUCCCACUGCAGAAUACAUUAAGGAACACUGGAAAGAGGACAGUUUUUUUGUCCAUCAGUUCAUGAAUGGAGCGAAUCCCAGAAUGAUCCAGAGGUGCAGAAAACUGCCGUCCAACUUGGCCGUUCAAGGAAACAUGGUGCAGGACUUCUUACACCCCAACACCACCCUGGAUAAAGAGCUAGAGGCUGGGAAUAUAUACCUUGUGGACUAUGCUAUACUGGAUGGGAUCCCUGGGAAUGUGAUCCAUGGGAAGCAACAGUAUAUAGCAGCACCUUUGUGUUUACUGUAUGAACAUCCAGACAAAGGCCUAAUUCCCAUUGCUAUACAGCUUGUACAGAAUCCUACCAAGAACACACCUAUCUUUCUCCCCAAUGAUCGAGAUGAUGCUUGGCUAUUGGCUAAAAUGUGGGUCCGUCAUGCCGAAUUUCAGAUCUUGGAGGUUCUGUCACACCUGCUGCGGACUCAUCUUAUAGCAGAGGUGUUCUGUGUGGCCACAUUGCGUCAACUCCCUGCAGUCCACCCUAUAUACAAGCUGCUCAUUCCUCAUCUGAAGCACACCCUGGUGAUAAACUGCCGUGCACGCACAAGUCUCAUCUCUAGUGAUGGUAUCUUUAAACAGGCAGUGUCCACAGGUGGUGAUGGGCUGCUGAUGUUGGCUCAGAAGGAGUAUAACCUCAUGACCUACCGCUCUCUCCAACCAUACUGUGACCUCAGAGACCGUGAUGUUUCUAAACUCAAUAAGUACUUCUACAGGGAUUACAGCUUGAAGCUCUGGGAUGCCAUUGAAAAGUUUGUCUCCAGCAUAGUGUCUCUAUACUACAGAAGUGACAGUGAAGUGAUGCAGGAUUUAGAACUUCAGGCAUGGAUUAAAGAUAUAGUUAAGGAAGGCUUUGCAAAUGCUUCUAACUUUGGGCUGCCUAAUGAACUACAAAAUAAGCAGGAACUGAUCACACUGUUGGGCGUGAUAAUCUUCACCAGCUCUGCACAACAUGCAGCAAUCAACAAUGCGCAGUUUGACUUUUGUUCGUGGGUAUUCAACACACCUUGCACCAUGCGCCAGCCUCCACCCACGGACAAGGACAGUGUCACCAUGGAGUUGAUCAUGAGCACACUCCCGGAUAUAAACCAGUCAUGUAUUGCAGUGGCAGUCACAUAUCUUUUAGGAAAAUUUCCGGCAAACCCAGUCUCUCUGGGGCAGUACGUGGAACAGUAUUUCACUGAGUCACCAGCCCAAGAGAUGAUAGAAAACUUCAAACAGAAUUUGAAGGAUAUUCAAGAGGAAAUCCUAAAAGAGAUUGAGAAUGUCAAACCGCAGUAUCUUUAUCUGUGUCCUAGAUAUGUAGAGAACAGUAUUGCCAUAUAG